CGCCUCGCUCGCGCGCCGCCGGCGCAGCGCGCGUUUCUCACACACCGCACUAUCCGCUGACUAUUCGCAAUCGACCGACGUCUUGGUUGUUGGACUUGGGUUAUAAUGACUUGACUUCUGCUAAAUGAACCCGUGCACUAGUUUAAGUUUUUCGCAGUGGCGUAUUCAUUUCUCAAGAGCGCCGAAACGAGGAUUGUUUUACGAUAUACGAUAAGGACUAAAUAAAUAGCGUCGAGUGAGAGUUUUUUGUGCGUUGUGCUGCGGCGAAAUGGAGAAGCAGUCGAGGUGGUCGGAGCAGCGCUCCGAGCAGCGCGUGCAGCAGAGCUCCGAGCGGCGCGAGCAGGUGGUGCAGCAGCAGGAGCGCGUGCAGCGCACCGAGCAGCACUACACGCGCCAGAUGCUCACGCAGCAAGUGGAAUCUGUUGGCGAUCGCCUUCCUGUCACGCUGGGCAGGCCCGGCGAGCCCUCUCCUCCGAUCUUUGAGCAAAUCUUCAAAAAUGCGAGGUUUGCGCAAGGCGGUAAUGCAAAAUUUGAAGGAAAACUCAGAGGCAAUCCUACUCCCGUUGUAUCGUGGACAAGAAAGAAGGCCCCGCUAGUAGAAUGCAACAAAUACAGUAUGAGCUAUAACGAACAAACCGGGGACGUGUCCUUAUUAAUCAAGCAGAUCGGGCCCGGCGACGAGGGCGAGUACACCUGCACAGCUCGCAACCAGUACGGUGAGGCUAUCUGCUCGGUGUACAUCCAGCCCGAAGGCGUCCCGGUGCCCGCGCACCAGUCCUCGCAGCAACAGAGCUACCGACAUGUCAGCGAGAGCGUCGAACACAAGUCGUACGGUACACAGGGGUACACUUCAGAACAGUCCAGACAAACUCAGAAAGUCGCAUAUACCAACGGCACUGACUAUUCAUCCACAGAAGAUUUUAAAGUGGAUACAUUCGAGUACAGACUUUUGAGGGAAGUAUCAUUCAGGGAAACUAUUACUAGGAGGUACGUGAAUGAAAGUGACAUUCAUAUUAGUACCGAGGUCGACAAGAACCUUGGUCCCGUGUCGCCUCCCAAAAUUGCUCAGAAGCCAAGGAAUUCUAAGCUGCAAGAGGGAGCCGACGCAUUGUUCCAGGUACAGCUUUCUGGAAACCCGCGGCCGCGAGUAACUUGGUUCAAGAACGGCCAGCGAUUAGUUAACUCCAGCAAACAUGAAAUUGUCACUACUCAUAAUCAAACUUCUCUUAGGAUAAGAAAUACAGAAAAGUCUGACUCAGGCCAUUACACAUUACUGGCAGAAAACCCGAAUGGAUGCAUUGUAUCAUCAGCAUUCCUUGCCGUUGAAUCUGCACAAGAGACUUAUGUUCAAGAUCAUAAAUCACAGUAUAUUAUGGACUCUCAACAGACAGGAAUAGAAGAAAGAGUAGAAAUUUGUGAAAAAGCUCUCGCUCCGCAAUUUGUAAGAGUCUGCCAAGACCGCGAUGUCACGGAGGGCAAAAUGACGCGAUUCGAUUGCCGCGUCACUGGCAGACCUUACCCAGAAGUCACGUGGUUCAUUAACGAAAGACAAAUUCGAGACGAUUAUAAUCAUAAGAUAUUAGUAAACGAAUCAGGUAAUCAUGCACUUAUGAUUACAAACGUUGAUCUUCGUGAUAGUGGUGUAGUUACGUGCGUCGCGCGCAACAAGACUGGAGAAACAUCUUUCCAGUGUAGACUAAACGUUAUCGAGAAGGAACAGGUAGUUGCUCCGAAGUUCAUUGAACGUUUCAGCACUAUUAGCGUGCGCGAAGGAGAACCAGUAGUUUUGAAUGCGCGUGCGGUCGGUACACCUACACCACGGAUCACAUGGCAGAAGGACGGCGUUCCGAUAUUACCCAAUCCAGAGUUACGAAUUAAUACCGAUGGUGGGGCCUCGACGCUGGACAUUCAGCGAGCCAAGGCGUCGGAUGCGGCAUGGUAUCAGUGCACCGCCCAGAACGUCGCAGGCUCCACCGCUACUCGGGCUAGGCUCUAUGUCGAAGUACCAAAAGAGCCUCCGCCUGAGCAAAAGCGUCUGCACUUACCCCGGCCUACAAAGAUUAUCGAGCCAGAGCCUGCUCCUGGACCAGAAAUCAUUUACUUAAGGCACGUGGAAAGAGCAAGACCUUACAUUCCUCCUGGUGAGGAAGACCGAGUUUAUCCUCCACCACAGUUUAUUGUGCCACUCAAGAGUGUUACACAGAUGGAGGGUGGCAAAAUUCACUUUGAAACGAGGAUAGAACCAGUUGGCGACCCUACGAUGAAAAUAGAAUGGUUAAGAAAUGGCCAAAGUAUCGAAGCAAGUUCUAGGUUUACUUCAAUAUUCAGAUUUGGAUAUAUUUCUCUUGAUAUGCUCAGUCUUAACACUCAAGACAGUGGAGAAUACACAUGCAGAGCUGUUAGCGCAACCGGUGUUGCGGAAACUAAGGCAGUGUUGCAAGUUACUCCAAGAGCAACAAUUGAAAGAACAAGCCAACAUCCAGAAAGCUUACAGUACUUCCAGCAAUUGGAAGAUUAUUCUAGAUAUCAGCACCAAGAAUCCAUAGAAGAACAGAUCUCGCAAAGGCCACAGUUUAUUAGGCCCUUGCAAGAUCUUGGUGAGUUACAAGAAGGCAGAAAUGCUCACUUUGAAGCUCAACUUACUCCAGUCAGCGAUCCUACGAUGAGAGUUGAGUGGUACAAAGAUGGUAGGCCGAUCACAGCCAGCUCACGAAUCACGUCAAUCUUCAACUUCGGUUACGUCUCCCUUAACAUCAUGCACCUACGGGCUGAAGAUGCAGGUUCGUACACAGUGAGAGCUGUAAACAAAUUAGGUGAAGCCAUUAGUACCGCUUCUAUCAAAGUCGCUGCGAGGAGUACGGUCACUGCUGAUCUAGGUAUACCAGAACAACGACGAUACAUUGAAAAGACUGAACAGUUAGAAGCUUAUCAGCAACAGCAACACCAGAAGUAUUAUCAGGAAGCACCUGAAAGUACACAGAAACCGGAAUUCAAAACGCCAAUUAAAGAUCAAGUUAGCAUUAAAGAAGGCGGAUUCGCACAUUUCGAAGCUCGCCUUGAACCGGUAGGCGAUUCUACAUUGAGAGUUGAAUGGCUUAAGGAUGGACGUCCUGUAGAAGCUAGUUCAAGAAUAACAACAUUCUUCAAUUUUGGAUAUGUCGCAUUGACAAUAAAAUCUGUGACUGUACACGAUGCUGGUCAUUACACUUGUCGCGCUUAUAACGCACUUGGUCAAGCAGCCACCAGUGCUAAUCUAUCUAUUGUUACUAAGAAAGAUAUUAUUGCGGAAUCUCAACACCCUGGCGGUUAUGAAAAGAUUCAGCACUUGGAAGAUUCCAGCAGGUAUUCAAGGCGUGCGGAAGAAGAAGUUAGGGUUACACAAAAACCCAGAUUUUUGGGACCACUGAAAGGCACGAAUAAAAUUGUGGAAGGACAGGGUGCCCACUUUGAAGCACGUGUAGAGCCACAAAGUGAUUUGACAAUGACAAUUGAAUGGUAUUUCAAUGGAAAGCAAAUUAAGAGUGCUACUCGCAUUCAAACCUAUCACGAUUUUGGCUACGUGGCAUUGGACAUUGCCAGCGUCCGUGCGGAUGACUCUGGAGUAUACACAGUUGUAGCUCGUAACGCAGCAGGUGAAGCUCAACUGAGUGCUAACAUGAUUGUUGAAACUCGCUCCAGCAUUGAUACAUCCAGUAUUCACCGUGGUUUAUACGAAAAAACAAGGCACAUUGAGGAGUCCAAGUUUGUGGAACCAAUGUACGAGAUUGAAGAAAUUUCAAAAUCCAAACCAGUAUUUGUGCAACCAUUAUCUGAUCCACCUCUUGUAUCGGAAGGUAAAAAUAUUCACCUGGAGUGCAGGCUGGAACCCAUGGGUGAUCCCACGAUGCGCGUUGAAUGGUUCCAUAACGGAAGAGCUGUUACCGUUGGCUCUAGGUUUAGAACUUACUAUGACUUCGGUUUCGUAGCUCUUGACAUUAUUCACGCUACUUCAUCUGACUCUGGGGAAUACACGGUAAGAGCCGUCAACCAUUUGGGCUCCGCACACACUUCAGCAAUGGUUCGCGUAAUCGAAAGGUCUGACAUUGUAACAGACACUCAGAACGAGCAAGCUGUAGAACAAAUUCAAAUGCUUGAGGAUGCCGCUCGUAGAUCUAGGCAAGUACAGGAAGACAUAACAGUAAUGCAAGCACCUCAAUUUUCAAGAGCCUUGCAUAACAUUGAAACUGUUGAAGGGACCAAUGUGCAUUUGGAAUGCAGGCUGCAGCCUGUUGGCGACCCAAGCAUGAGAGUCGAUUGGUUCUGUAACGGAAGGCCAAUCAAGACUGGUCAUAGGUUCAGACCAGCUUAUGAAUUUGAUUACGUAGCGCUUGACCUUUUGAGCGUAUAUCCUGAGGAUUCAGGUGUUUACACUUGCCAGGCCACCAACCAACUUGGGGAAGCAGUUACAUCGUGCGCUUUGCGUGUGAUUGCCAAGAAAGAUUUAAUAUUUGAAUCUCAACACCCAUCGGGACUUGAAAAAAUUCAGUACUUAGAAGAUGCAUCACGUUACAAGAAAAGCGAAGUGGUUGAUGAAUCAAUCAACAUUAAACCUCGCUUUGUUACAAAACCAAAGUCUAUUGACAAUGUGGUGGAAGGUCAUCACGUUCAUUUUGAGUGCAAACUUGAACCAGUUACUGACUCUAACCUUAAGGUUGAAUGGUUCAAGAAUGGCCAACCUGUUACCAUCGGUCAUAGGUUCCGCCCCAUUCAUGAUUUUGGAUAUGUAGCUCUAGACAUUAUUGAUUUAAUUGCUGAAGAUAGUGGCAUUUACACCUGCCGUGCUGUUAAUCUUGUUGGCACUGACGAAGUCAGUUGCAGGCUCACUUGCCGCAGCACAGCAGACAUCAUCAGAGCCACACAAAAUGAGGCUGGUCUCGAGCAAAUCCAAGUAUUGGAAGACAGGUCCAGAUAUCACAGAACGGAUAUGGUUGAUGAAAUUACUACACAGGCACCCAUAUUCACUACUUCACUUAAGAACAUUGAAAUCAAGGAGGGUCAGAGAGCUCACUUUGAAUGCAGACUUAUUCCUGUAUCUGAUCCUACUAUGAAAGUUGAGUGGUAUCACAACAACAAGCCGCUGAAGAGUGGUUCCAGAUUUACAGAAACCAAUAACUUUGGCUUUGUAGCUCUUGACAUUAUGUCCUGUCUCCCAGAGGACUCUGGAACUUACACUUGCCGAGCGAUCAAUGCUCUUGGUGAGGCAGUCACAUCUGGAAUAGCUAUUGUGCACUCAAGAAAGUCCAUUUACUUGGAAUCACAGCAUGAAGGCGCUUUGCCUAGACUUAAUCAAUUAGAGGACACCUCUAGAAACCAAAGACACAGUGCUCAAGAUGAGUUCAUCACACAAGCACCGAUGUUUACUAUGCCAAUGAAAGACAUAAGAGUUGCAGAAAAUCAGGCAGCGCACUUUGAAGCUAGGCUUAUACCCGUCGGAGACCCGAAACUUAGAGUUGAAUGGUUACGCAAUGGCGUGCCUAUUGAAGCUUCAAACCGUCUAACGACGAUGCAUGACUUCGGCUAUGUAGCCCUUAACAUGAAAUACGUUAACCCUGAAGAUUCCGGCACCUACACCUGCCGAGCAAUCAACGAAUUGGGUGAAGCUGUCACCUCAUCCACUUUAUUCGUACAAUCUAAGGCAUCGCUUCAACUUGAAUCGCAGCACGAGGCGGCUCUGCAGAAGAUUCAACAGCUGGAAGACGCCUCUCGUUAUCAUCGCAGAGAAGACGUUGAAGUAGCUGUCAACCAAGCUCCACGAUUCAUUACGCAAUUAAAUGGACCCUCCAAACUUGUGGAAGGACAGAGCGCUCAUUACGAAUGUCGCAUUGAGCCUUAUCCUGACCCCAAUAUGCGUGUGGAAUGGUACUUUAACGGCAAGGUCCUUCAAAGCGGUCACCGUUAUCGCACAGCUUACGAUUUCGGUUUCGCUGCCCUGGAUAUACUUACUGUAUACGGCGAAGAUUCCGGUGAAUACACUUGCAAGGUCAUUAACAACUUAGGCCAAGCAACAUCUUCAAUCAAAUUGAACGUCCAAUCUAAGGAAUCUAUCAUUAGGGAUACACAGCACGAAAGCGCAUUAGAAAAGAUUCAGUAUCUUGAAGAUGGCAGCAGGUUUAAACGGGUGGCUCACGAAGAAGGCUUUGUAGCUGAAAAGCCACAGUUCGGCAAACCUUUGAAGAACGCUGAAGUCAGCGAAGGCCAUCCAGUACAUUUGGAAGCUACCUUAACACCUGUCAAUGACCCUACGAUGCGCGUCGAAUGGUACUGCAAUGGACGACCUGUUGCACAAGGACAUCGAUUCAAGACCACUUAUGACUUUGGUUACGUGGCGCUAGAUAUUCUGUAUGCCUAUGCGGAAGACAGCGGCACUUACAUGUGCAAAGCCACGAACGCUGUGGGUGAAGCUGUCACCACCAGCUCUGUGAAAGUAGACGCCAAAGCCGGACUGUACUUGGACACAUUAGACGAACAGAGAUUAAAGAAGAUUCAAGAAUUAGAGCAGUACGAGCGACCUAAACCAGUACAAGAAGAACAGCCAGGUCAAAGACCAGUCUUCUUGACAGCCCUUACCAGCCUGGAGAACUUGAAAGAAGGCGACAGCGCUCACUUCGAAUCUAGAGUUGAGCCUAUCAAUGACUCAGAUUUGAAGAUCGAAUGGUUCCAUAAUGGACAAAAGAUUAGGGCUGGUCAUAGGUACAGAACGACACACGACUUUGGUUAUGUCGCAUUAGAUAUUCUGUACACUUACGCUGAAGAUUCUGGAACUUACAUGUGUAAAGCCACCAACAAACUGGGUGAAGCAGUUAAUACCUGCACGUUGAAGGUUGCAGGGCACAGGAGUAUUAUCUUGGAUACUCAACAUCCCAAUGGCCUCGAAAAAAUCCGACAGCUUGAAGCUCAAGGCCACCAUACUAGGAUGGAGGUCGAAGAACCCACAAUUAGUCCACCUAGAUUUGUCACGGAGUUGCGUGGAACAACUCACGUAUUUGAAGGUCAAACGGCUCACUUUGAAUGUCAAGUGGAGCCUGUGCAUGACCCUAACUUAAGGAUUGAAUUCUAUCACAACGGCAAAGCCCUGCAAUCUGCUGCACGAUUCCAUAUCACUUUUGAUUUUGGUUACGUGUCAUUAGAUAUUCAGCACUGUGUUUCUGAAGAUGCUGGUGAAUACUCAGUGAAGGCAAUCAAUGCUUUGGGACAAUGCACGUCGUCUAUAUCUAUGACAGUAACCGCAAAAGGAAGCAUUAUAUUGGAAUCGCAACGUCCGGAAGGUUUGGAAAAGAUCCGUGAGCUCGAAUCAGCGGCACCAUUCAAACGUCCUGAAAUACCUGAACCGGUUACACGCCAAAGACCUGUGUUUACUCAGCCACUUCAAAACAUUGACAACAUUCAAGAAGGCCAAACUGCACACUUCGACUGCAGGCUGAUUCCAGUAGGAGACCCUACUCUUAAAGUGGAAUGGUUUAGAAACGAAAAGCUUAUUGAGGACAGUUCCAGGAUUACAAAAACUCAUGACUUCGGUUAUGUAUCAAUGACAAUCACACACGUUCGUGAUGAAGAUGAAGGCGUCUACAUGUGCAGAGCUUCGAACCUGUUAGGAGAGGCUGUAACGACAGCUGCCAUGAAGAUUAAAACUAAGGCAGCUAUUCAGUUAGACACUCAACACCCAGAGGGCAUGAAGAAAAUUCAGCAACUUGAGCAGCCACAACAAAGGAGGCCAGAAGAGCCGGACCGUGACUUUGAGAAACCUAUCUUUACUCAAGUUCUUACUGGACCAUCAGAGCUAUGGGAAGGACAACAUGCUCAUUAUGAGGCCCGUGUGGUACCUGUUGGUGAUCCAAGCUUAAGAUUUGAAUGGUACAUCAAUGGAGUUGAACUCAAAAUGGGAUCAAGGUUCCGCACUACACACGAUUUUGGAUUUGUGACAUUAGACAUCAAUUCCGUCGUAGCUCAAGACGCUGGUCUAUACAUGUGCAAAGCAAUCAACCGAGCUGGAAGCACGGUUUCUUCCGCAGCACUUAAAAUAAAGACGAAGUCUACCAUUGUAGACCAAGCAAUGAGGCCAGAGUCUUGGGAGCAAAUCCAAUUGAAGGAAGCCGCUAUGAACAAGGUCCCAGAAAUGUUUGUAGACUCAGGCGUCCAACAGGCUCCUAUUUUCACCACACACUUAAAGAGUUUCGAUAAACUCGUUGAAGGACAACAUGUAUACAUGGAAGCACAGGUAGAGCCACGAACAGACCCCAACUUGAGGAUUGAAUGGUUCAAGAACGGCAUGUCUCUUACAACAGGAUCAAGAUUGAAGAGUACCUUUGACUUUGGAUUAGUCACUCUGUCUAUUAACAGUCUUAGGAUUGACGAUUCCGGAAUUUACACAUGCAAGGCCACUAACCUUAUGGGUGAAGCCGUAUCUACUGCUUCCAUUAAGAUUGAGGAUCGCCACUGGCUACUUGGUGACACUCUUCAUCCUGAAUCAUUAGAUCGAAUUGGCGCUCUAGAACAACCCAAGGCAGGUAAACCUGAAGCACCAGAACCAGUUUACGAGAUACCAGUAUUUAUCUCUCAUUUGAACAAUAUUUUAUGCAAAGAAGGAGAAAAUAUUCACUUUGAAUGUAAUGUAGAGCCAUCAAGAGAUCCUACUCUUAAGAUUGAAUGGUUCUUCAACAACAAACCUUUGCCAUCAGGAUCAAGGUAUAAGAGCACUCAUGAUUUCAGCUAUGUGUCCUUGGACAUUACACACACGUAUGAGGAAGAUUCUGGUAUUUACACUUGCAAAGCAACUAACAGCAAAGGUUCAGCUACAACUUCAGGUUCUCUAAGGUGCACAGGCGAUAAGAACAUAUACUUCGACACUCAACAUCCGCAAGGCAAGGUUGGAUUAGAAGCCGUGGAACAGGCUGAGGAAGCCCGGCUUUCCAAGGGAAGAAGGACAUCAGUCCCAGAUGUUGAGUAUCCUAAACCUGAAUGGGUCGUACCUACAAUUGCUGAAAGCCAACUGAUUGAAGGCCAAGCUUUACAUCUUGAAGGCCAAGUCGAACCAAAGAAUGAUCCUAAUCUUAAGAUCGAAUGGUAUUUCAACGGUAAAGUUCUUGAGCAAGGAUCAAGAUUUAAGCUUACAAGUGACUUUGGCUUUGUUACUUUAGAUGUAACUGAUGUAUAUGAAAGGGACAGUGGAAUUUACACUUGCAAGGCUUACAAUAAGAAGGGUGAAGCCUUUACGUCAUCGACUAUAUUCUGUUCUAGUAAGGAGAACCUGAUUGAAAGGACACAACAUCCCAAGGGCACCGAAGGGUUGGAGAAAAUCCAAAACCUUGAAGAUUCUCUACGACGUGAACCAGGUCAGAAACCAGAUGAUGACACAGGUAGGGCUCCAGAAUUUACUACCGUUUUCCAGGAUAUCGUUGAUAUCAGCGAGGGACAGAUAGCUCAUUACGAAGCGUCCCUUAUACCUACCGGUGAUCAGAGCAUGGUUAUUGAAUGGUUCUACAACGGAAAAUCUAUCGAAGCUAGUCACCGUAUUCGUACAGUUUAUGCCUUCGGUAUGGUUGUUCUUGAAAUACUUGGAACUAAAACUACUGAUUCUGGAGUAUACUCAUGCAGGGCAACUAACCGAUGGGGACAAGCCGAGAUAAGUGUGAAGCUUGAAUGUGUCGACAAGAGCAAGGGACAAAAACCAAGAUUCACCACGCAAAUCCAGAAAAUAGAAGGCUUGAAAGACGGACAGUCUGCUCACUUUGAAUGCACAGUCGUACCGGUUGACGAUCCUGAUCUAAAGAUUGAAUGGUACCACAAUGGCAAGCCUUUACGUCAUUCAACCAGGAUUAAGACUGUGUCUGACUUCGGAUUUGUUGUUCUUGAUAUUGCUUACACUCAAAACCACGACACGGGCGAAUACGUGUGCAGAGCGUACAACAAGUACGGAGAAGACUUCACUAAAGCUACUAUUACAUGCUUCGGUAGAGGAGGAGUUUACCUUGACAGCUUACAACCUGACUCUUUGGCUAAAAUCAGGGAGUUGGAGAGUCUUCAAGGAGCUCAACAGCCAACAUCAGCUCCUGCGUCUGCUGAACCCCCACGGUUUGUUACUCAGAUUCAAGAUGUAACCAAAUUAGUAGAGGGCCAGAGUGCUCACUUUGAGGCGAAAUUAGUGCCAGUGGACGACCCAGAUCUUAAGGUUGAAUGGUUCUACAAUGGCAAGAAGCUGCCUCACGGCCACAGAUACAGGACUUUCCAUGACUUUGGAAUAGUCAUCUUAGACAUACUUUACUGUUAUGAAGAAAAUUCAGGUGUAUAUGAAUGCGUAGCAACUAACAAGCUAGGCCGUGAUUCUACGAAGGCUACACUGAAAUGUACUUCGAAGGAGAACUUAAUCUUGGACUCGCAACUACCGCGGGGCAUGGAAGGUGGGUUGGAGAAAUUGCAAACUCUGGAAGAUUCCAUGAUUCGCAGGAAAGACGUCAAAGAAGAUGAAGAGCGUGGUAAAGCGCCAGUAUUUACAGUACCUUUGUCAAACAUCGACAACCUCAGAGAAGGAGAGAACGCUCACUUUGAAGCUAGGCUUACACCUACUGACGACCCUAAUCUGAAGGUUGAGUGGUACUGGAACGGCAAAUCCCUUAAAGCCGGCUCAAGAUUCAGAACAUUCUGCGACUUUGGAUUUGUUAUCCUUGAAAUAUCGCCGACAUACCCAGAAGACUCUGGUGAAUACUUAUGCAGAGCGUAUAAUAACUAUGGCGAAGCUGUAACAACAGCUACUAUGAAGGUACAAGGAAAGCGGAACAUUAUUCUGGAAUCGCAGUUACCUAAGGGUAUGGAGGGCACUAUUGAUAAAAUUGCUGCCCUUGAAGGCUAUACUGGUACUGUUGACUCUAUGACUCCAGAAGAGGAGACUGGCAAGCCUCCCGAGUUCACCACUACGCCAUCUGAUCUGCUGCUUUCCGAAAAUUCGUCCGCUCACUUUGAAUGUCGUCUCAUUCCUGUUAAUGACUCAAGUAUGCGAGUUGAGUGGUUCCAUAAUGGAAAGCCUCUUUUGACUGGUUCUAGAGUUAAGACCAUUAACGAUUUCGGCUUUGUAAUCUUAGAAAUCGGUGGAGUUUACCAACGCGAUGCUGGUCUUUACACUUGCAAAGCUACGAACCGUCACGGCGAAGCCACGGUUUCAUGUAAACUCCAGGUCAAGGGCAGGCAGGGCAUUAUUUUGGAACCCCAACUUCCAUCACACUUCAAAUCUGGUACAGAGAGCAUCCAGAAAUUAGAAGAGACGUUACACAAGCGUGAAGAAAUCGCAAUUGAAGACGAGAAACCCAACCCACCGAAAUUCACGGUAGAAAUUAAAGAUAAUGUUGAUAUACCUGAAGGAGGACCUAUUCACUUCGACUGCCGUGUUGAACCUGUUGGAGAUCCUUCAAUGAGAAUUGAUUGGUUCCACAAUGGCAGACCUUUCGCUACCGGCUCGCGAGUACAUAUGCUCAACGAUUUCGGAUUUAUCGCUUUGGAUAUUGACUACAUCUAUGCUCGUGAUGCCGGAGAGUACACUUGUCGCGCCACCAACAAAUGGGGCUCUGCGACAACAACAGCAAAGAUCACAUGCAGUGCCAAACGUGAUAUUGUUUUGGAAUCACAAUUGCCUCAGGGUAUGAGUGGUGAGAAGAUCAAGGAACUUGAACGGGGCCGCGUUGCUGAUGCUCCAAAAGAAGACGCUGUUAUAAACAGCCCACCUAAGUUCAUCACUCAGAUUCAAUCACAUACCGUUGAGGAAUCUGAGAGCGUGCGCUUCGAAUGUCGCGUAGAGCCGAAAGAAGACCCGAAUCUGCGUGUUGAGUGGUACCGUAAUGGAAAGCUUCUGCCUUCCGGACACAGGUACCGCACAGUAUACGAUAUGGGCUUCGUUUCAUUGGACAUUCUGUACGUUUAUGCUGAAGAUUCUGGUGAAUAUGUAUGCCGAGCUGUUAACAAAAUUGGUGAAGAUUUCACCAAGGCUACAGUAUCUUGCAAACAAUUGCCGGAUAUUAUUCUCCAAAAUCAAGUACCCCGAGGCAUGAAGAAAUCUGAAGCACUUACUCAGAUGGAAGCUACAAUCAAGAAAUACACUUCCGAAAUAUUCUUGACUGAAGACGAUUUAUACGAUGCCGAUAAGAAACAACCUCCUCGCUUCGUUACACAGAUUCAAAGCCAAACUACUCUUGUGGAAAUGGAGUCCACCAAGUUCGAGUGCCAGUUGGCACCUGUGGGCGAUCCUAACAUGAAAGUGGAAUGGUUCUUUAAUGGCAAACCUUUGUUGCACAAAAACCGAUUCGACCCCAUCUACGAUUUCGGUUACGUCGCGAUGAACUUCGGUUGGGUGUACCCCGAGGACAGUGGCGAGUAUGUUUGCCGCGCAACCAACCUUUACGGUAUGGACGAAACUAGAGCUGUAAUAAAGACAGCCGGCAAACCUGGCAUAGUCUACGACUCUCAAUUACCCAAACACAUGAAGAGUAUUGAGAGGAUUCGGGAGAUGGAAGCUGCCUGGCAGAUGGUACCCGAACAAGCUCCGGAUGCGGAAAAAGCACGUUCUCCACCUGUUUUCGUGAGUCGCCCCGAACCAGUGACUGUCGAGGAAGGGGAAUGGGCUCGUUUCUGCUGCCGAGUUACCGGUCACCCGAAACCACGUGUUAUGUGGCUCAUCAACGGCAACACCAUCGUUAACGGCUCCAGAUAUAAACUGACUUACGAUGGAAUGUAUCACUUCGACAUUCCUAAGACACGCCAAUAUGACACUGGUAAAAUUGAAGUUAUUGCCAGAAGUUCAGCAGGUGAGGCGGUGUCAAUGACCGAACUAAAAGUAAUACCACGACACGACGACUACAGAGGGGUCUUGAAGAAUGCUCCACGACCUUGGUAUGAUGAAACAACACAAUAUCAACGUUCUGAGACCGAAUUAGAGAAAACGUUUGAGGAAAGGCAAGUUUUGCAACGUCAAGGGGUCAUCGAUCACAGGCCCGAAUUGAAGCCUAAAGUUAUUAAGGAACCUGAUACUGAAUGGCAACAGACUGUUAAGAAGAAGAAGAGUGAAGAAUAUUAUAACAAACUCCAAGAGCUUGAAAAUGAGCAGGUCACAAAGGAGAGUCGGCUUAGGGAAGCUAACCGCCAGUACGCCAUUCCCGGGGAAAAGAUAACUAGCAGUUCUCUUGCUAAAGGCAUGGCACAAAAAUAUCAAGACAGCCUAGAAACGACGGAAGUUACCACCGAGCAAGUACAGAAGAAGGCUCCACCAAAGCCUAGGAUUCCUGGACCAUCUGAAUCCACAGUUCAUGGAAAGGAAGUACAUGUUGCUAAGCAAAAGCAGAUUCAGAAGGAAGUUAUUGGAGACACUGAAAUAACUCGUAAAAUAACUUCCACUGAAACAACCGAGAUGGAACAUAAAGCCCAGACACACGAGAGGGUUGUUGAGGGACCGGUAAAACCAAGCAAACCUCCUGUUUUUACAAAGAAAAUGCAACCCUGCCGUGUAUUUGAACAUGAACAAGCCAGGUUUGAAGUUGAAUUUGACGGAGAACCACUACCAACAAUCAAAUGGUACAGAGAAAACUUCCCCAUCAAGAACUCUGCUGACUUCCAGAUACAUACAUUCAGCACAAAAUCAGUUCUGAUUAUAAGGCAAGUUUUCGUUGAAGACUCCGCUGUAUUCGCUGCAGUGGCUGAAAACCGUGGAGGCACAGCAAAAUGUAGCGCCAACUUGGUUGUAGAGGAGCGUAGGCGACAAGGUAGAGGAGGAGUUAUUCCUCCGAGCUUCACACUGACGGCACAAAACGUGAAUGUAACUGCCGGUCAGUUAGUACGUUUCGACACGAAGGUGACUGGAACCAAGCCACUUGAUGUAUAUUGGUUGAAGAAUGGAAAGAAAGUCCAGCCUGAUAUUCGCAACAAGAUUCUAGAAGAAGAUGGCACAUUCACCCUUCUCAUUCUUGAAGCCUAUCCUCAAGAUUCAGGCAAAUACGAGUGUGUAGCUAUCAACGGCGCUGGAGAAGCUCGUUGUGAUGCCGAAUGCUUAGUUAACGCUCCUGCUACCAAAGAAAAACCUAAACCUCAAACUAAAGCCGCUAACGCGCCUCCUGAAAUUACUGAGCCUUUGAAAGAUAAAGUUGUAGCUGAAGGUCAAGCCAUUGAGUUCAGUUGCAAGAUUGUUGGUAAACCGGCACCUACGGUCCAGUGGUACAAGGGCGAAAAAUUGAUCAAGCCAUCAAAGUAUUUCCAGAUGUCCCGUGCAGCUGAUGAAUACACUCUGCGCAUAUCUGAGGCUUUCCCCGAAGACGAAGGCGAUUACAAAUGUGUAGCUUACAACAGCGCGGGUAGAGUGACCGUUGCCGCUAAGUUGAAGGUUACUCAACCCGACCAAGCCGACAACUUGCCUACACUAACACCCCUCCGAGAUCUAGUCGUUUACGAAGGACAACCAGCACAGUUCAAGACGCACAUUACCAGCAAGGUUAAGCCUACAAUUCAAUGGCUGCGAGAAGGUGCUCUCAUUCCCGACACACCAGAUUUCCAGAUGAUCCACGAAGGGAACAACGCCGUGUUACUGAUCGGUAACACGUACGAGGAGGAUACUGGCACCUUCACUUGCCGCGCUACCACCGCCGCCGGCCAAGUCGAGACCUCGGCAAAGCUAGUCGUCAAAAAGUCCCGUACAACCAUACGUAAGACAUUCAAUGACAAAACUAGUGUAAAAAGUUCUAGUACUCAAGGCGUAGAUGAAACAAACCUCAGUAGAACUUUAUAUCAGUCCACCGAAGAAAGCAAUUUACUGAAUAUUCAAAACGUUGAAAAUAUUGACUCUAAGCAAGUAACUAGAACGGUUCCUUGGCGAAAACAAACUGAAGCGAGUUAUGUUCAGGAAACAAAGGAAACCCUUGAAGUGAAACAUUGGAGGAAACCAAAAGAUACCUUUACAGAAAAAACCUUGGAAACUGAAGAUUCUACGAUUUUGGAUGUUAAGGGUGACACAGAAUUGAGCACGAAAAGGGAAGAAAAACUUGAACUCAAAUCUUGGAGGAAACCUCGUGUUCCAGAAACUUCACCGACAUCUGAUGUAAAAGUAGUUACUGAGGAAACAGAACGUGAUGAUAAGGUAUUGCAAGCUAAAGCAUGGAGGAAACCAAGAAAAGAAGUCACAGCAACCGAGACCUUGUCAACUGUUGAAGAUACUACACUUCUUCAAACAAGCAAGGAUGACGAAGAAGAAGUUAAAAAAGUUGCUCAUUGGAGAAAGUCACGCCCCGAUGAUAGAAGAACUUCAGUUAAAGAAGAAAGAAAAGGUUCAAUUCCUUGGACUGAGGAAAGUAUAAAAUUGCGACCUACGAAGGUUGAGAAAACCCCUAUAACGAAAGAAAAGUUAGAAGAUGUUACUUUACGCCAAGUGAGAAAGAGUUCUAUUCAAAAAAUAGAAUCCGAACUAAGCGAAAUAAGUAUGUCACACGUAGAAGAUACAGCAACAUUGAAAAUCGAUAAAGCAGAGGAUCUAGAAGCAAAGCGUAAAGAAUCGACAUGGCCGUCUAGUAGGCGUCGCCCAAUGGAAGAAACCCCAAAAGAGGAAGUGGUUCUUAAACCAGUCCCAAGGCAAAAGGCGCCAGAAGAAGAAAAACCAGAAGAGGUACAGCUAAAGCCCGUAAAGCGCGAAAAACCUGUAGAAGAGGCUAACCUUGAAGAACCUAAGUGGCCUACAGGUAGACGUCGUCCAAAAGAAGAACAAACCAAAGAAGAAGUGGUGCUAAAGCCAAUUUCGAGGCAAAAACCACAAGAAGAAAAACAACAAGAAGUAGAGCUUAAGCCUGUAAAGAAGCAGAAACCAAUUGAAGAAGUCCAACCUGAGGAGGUCAAUUGGCGAACUGGCAAGAGGCGUCCGAUGGAAGAAGAACCCAAGGAAGAAGUUGUACUCAAGCCUAUUCCAAAACAAAAAGCACCCGAGGAAGAGAAGCCGGAAGAGGUACAGCUUAAGCCUGUUAAGAAGCAGAAGCCAGUCGAAGAAGCCCAGCCCGAAGAGGUUAAUUGGCGAACUGGCAAGAGGCGCGCGAAGGAAGAAGAACCCAAGGAAGAAGUUGUACUCAAGCCUAUACCAAAACAAAAAGCACCCGAGGAAGAGAAGCCGGAAGAGGUACAGCUUAAGCCUGUUAAGAAGCAGAAGCCAGUCGAAGAAACCCAGCCCGAAGAGGUGAAGUGGCCCACUGGCAAGAGGCGCCCGAAAGAAGAAGAACCCAAGGAAGAAGUUGUACUCAAGCCUAUACCAAAACAAAAAGCACCCGAGGAAGAGAAGCCGGAAGAGGUACAGCUUAAGCCUGUUAAGAAGCAGAAGCCAGUCGAAGAAGCCCAGCCCGAAGAGGUUAAUUGGCGAACUGGCAAGAGGCGCCCGAAGGAAGAAGAACCCAAGGAAGAAGUUGUACUCAAGCCUAUACCAAAACAAAAAGCACCCGAGGAAGAGAAGCCGGAAGAGGUACAGCUUAAGCCUGUUAAGAAGCAGAAGCCAGUCGAAGAAACCCAGCCCGAAGAGGUGAAGUGGCCCACUGGCAAGAGGCGCCCGAAAGAAGAAGAACCCAAGGAAGAAGUUGUACUCAAGCCUAUACCAAAACAAAAAGCACCCGAGGAAGAGAAGCCGGAAGAGGUACAGCUUAAGCCUGUUAAGAAGCAGAAGCCAGUCGAAGAAGCCCAGCCCGAAGAGGUGAAGUGGCCUACUGGCAAGAGGCGCCCGAAAGAAGAAGAACCCAAGGAAGAAGUUGUACUCAAGCCUAUACCAAAACAAAAAGCACCCGAGGAAGAGAAGCCGGAAGAGGUACAGCUUAAGCCUGUUAAGAAGCAGAAGCCAGUCGAAGAAGCCCAGCCCGAAGAGGUCAAGUGGCCCACUGGCAAGAGGCGCCCGAAGGAAGAAGAACCCAAGGAAGAAGUUGUACUCAAGCCUAUACCAAAACAAAAAGCACCCGAGGAAGAGAAGCCGGAAGAGGUACAGCUUAAGCCUGUUAAGAAGCAGAAGCCAGUCGAAGAAACCCAGCCCGAAGAGGUCAAGUGGCCUACUGGCAAGAGGCGCCCGAAGGAAGUAGAACCCAAGGAAGAAGUUGUACUCAAGCCUAUUCCAAAACAAAAAGCACCAGAAGAAGAGAAGCCGGAAGAGGUACAGCUGAAGCCUGUUAAGAAGCACAAGCCAGUCGAAGAAGCCCAGCCCGAAGUGGUCAAGUGGCCUACUGGCAAGAGGCGCCCGAAGGAAGAAGAACCCAAGGAAGAAGUUGUACUCAAGCCUAUACCAAAACAAAAAGCACCCGAGGAAGAGAAGCCGGAAGAGGUACAGCUUAAGCCCGUUAAGAAGCAGAAGCCAGCCGAAGAAACCCAGCCCGAAGAGGUCAAGUGGCCCACUGGCAAGAGGCGCCCGAAGGAAGAAGAACCCAAGGAAGAAGUUGUACUCAAGCCUAUACCAAAACAAAAAGCACCAGAAGAAGAGAAGCCGGAAGAGGUACAGCUUAAGCCUGUUAAGAAGCAGAAGCCAGUCGAAGAAGCCCAGCCCAAAGAGGUGAAGUGGCCCACUGGCAAGAGGCGCCCGAAGGAAGAAGAACCCAAGGAAGAAGUUGUACUCAAGCCUAUACCAAAACAAAAAGCACCAGAAGAAGAGAAGCCGGAAGAGGUACAGCUUAAGCCUGUUAAGAAGCAGAAGCCAGUCGAAGAAAGCCAGCCCGAAGAGGUGAAGUGGCCCACUGGCAAGAGGCGCCCGAAAGAAGAAGAACCUAAGGAAGAAGUUGUACUCAAGCCUAUUCCAAAACAAAAAGCACCAGAAGAAGAGAAGCUGGAAGAGGUACAGCUUAAGCCUGUUAAGAAGCAGAAGCCAGUCGAAGAAGCCCAGCCCGAAGAGGUCAAGUGGCCCACUGGCAAGAGGCGCCCGAAGGAAGAAGAACCCAAGGAAGAAGUUGUACUCAAGCCUAUUCCAAAACAAAAAGCACCAGAAGAAGAGAAGCCGGAAGAGGUACAGCUUAAGCCUGUUAAGAAGCAGAAGCCAGUCGAAGAAAGCCAGCCCGAAGAGGUGAAGUGGCCCACUGGCAAGAGGCGCCCGAAAGAAGAAGAACCUAAGGAAGAAGUUGUACUCAAGCCUAUUCCAAAACAAAAAGCACCAGAAGAAGAGAAGCUGGAAGAGGUACAGCUUAAGCCUGUUAAGAAGCAGAAGCCAGUCGAAGAAGCCCAGCCCGAAGAGGUCAAGUGGCCCACUGGCAAGAGGCGCCCGAAGGAAGAAGAACCCAAGGAAGAAGUUGUACUCAAGCCUAUUCCAAAACAAAAAGCACCGGAGGAAGAGAAGCCGGAAGAGGUACAGCUUAAGCCUGUUAAGAAGCAGAAGCCAGUCGAAGAAGCCCAGCCCGAAGAGGUCAAGUGGCCUACUGGCAAGAGGCGCCCGAAGGAAGAAGAACCCAAGGAAGAAGUUGUACUCAAGCCUAUACCAAAACAAAAAGCACCCGAGGAAGAGAAGCCGGAAGAGGUACAGCUUAAGCCUGUUAAGAAGCAGAAGCCAGUCGAAGAAACCCAGCCCGAAGAGGUGAAGUGGCCCACUGGCAAGAGGCGCCCCAAAGAAGAAGAACCCAAGGAAGAAGUUGUACUCAAGCCUAUACCAAAACAAAAAGCACCCGAGGAAGAGAAGCCGGAAGAGGUACAGCUUAAGCCUGUUAAGAAGCAGAAGCCAGUCGAAGAAGCCCAGCCCGAAGAGGUGAAGUGGCCUACUGGCAAGAGGCGCCCGAAAGAAGAAGAACCCAAGGAAGAAGUUGUACUCAAGCCUAUACCAAAACAAAAAGCACCCGAGGAAGAGAAGCCGGAAGAGGUACAGCUGAAACCUAUCAAAAAAGAAGAAGCUAUUGAAGAAAAGAAGAAGAAAAAGAUUAAAAAAGCAAAAUCUAUCGAAGAAACUGUUGUUGAAGAAACCAAAACAGUUGAGGAAGAGUUAGUAGAGCCAGAACGAGACGUCGAGGAAGAAGUAACAACUACCUUAGUUCAACGAAAACAAAUCAAGAAAAAGAUUCAGAAGACUGAAAAGAAAGGUAAGAUUUAUGCAACAGACUUAUCAUACAUGCACACAUAUGAUAUUACAAUGAGAAGUUAUUAGUUUUAUAAUUGAUAA